AUGGGCUGGAAAAGUCUCAACGUGGGUGUGGUCGGUGGCGGUAUUGGAGGCAUGUCCGUUGCCGUUGCUCUCCGCCGUGCUGGACACAAUGUGACCAUCUACGAGAAGUCAGAUUUCGCAGGUGAAGUUGGCGCUUCUGUUUCCUGUGCUGCCAACGGAACCCGCUGGCUUCAUGAAUGGAAAGUGGACAUUGCAAAGGGUGACCCUGUUGUAUUGAAGAAGCUUAUCAACCGCGAUUGGAAGACGGGUGAGCCUGUCAGUGUGUACGAUUUGGACGAUUACGAGAAACGUUGGGGAUAUGCCUACAACAUGUUUCAUCGACAGUAUAUGCACGCCAUGCUGAAAGAUGCAGCGAUGGGUGAAGGCGAGGGAGCCCCAGCAACAUUGAAGGUCAACCACAAGUGUAGCGAUAUCGAUCUUAAGACCGGCAAGAUUGCUUUCACAAACGGAGAUAUCGCAUACCACGAUCUCAUCAUUGGUGCCGACGGUAUUGGAUCAGCCGUCCGAGGGAUUCUCGGUAUCACACCAGAGAAGCAGGCCUCUGAUCAGAGCUGCCUACACACAAAUGUCAAGACCGAGGAUGCAGUCAGGCUCGGCUUGGUCAACUACUCCGAGAACAGCGCACUGGAAUACUGGGGCGGCCAAGAGGGCAAAUGGGACAAGAUCGUCCUAUCUCCUUGCAACGGCGGCAAACUCCUUUCAUACUACUGCUUCUUCCCACGAGAGCAAGGUGACUACUCAACACAAGCGUGGGGAGCCGAAGACCGCCCAGUCGAGGAACUCCUCAAUCCAUACCCCCAACUUGACCGACAAGUAUUCAACCACUUGAAGAUUGGAUCAGAGAUUAAGCCUUGGCGGCUCUGGGUUCACGACCCAUACCCAUAUCUCCAGCGUGGUAACACUUGUCUGCUCGGUGAUGCUGGACACCCGAUGAUGCCUCACCAGAGCCAGGGUGCAUGCAUGGCCAUCGAGGAUGCGGCUGCUCUUGGGAUCCUGUUUGACAAGCGAUACUUCAAUGGAAAUAUUGCCCAAGCCCUUACUGUAUAUGAGGAGGUGCGUCUGCCCCGUGUGACAAGGGUGCAAGCCGCAGCCGCCAAGGCAGCAUAUAACAUCAACGAACGAAUUGGGUUCUCUGUCAACAAAGAUAUCCCCACAUAUAAGGUCGAGGAUGCGAAGAAGGUCCUAACGAUCGAAGAGAUGAAUGCCUAUGACAUGUACCGAGACAUCGAAGAAAAACUCGCCGAGAAGCGCGGGGCAACAUACGCCGACAAGUACCUACACGGACUACCCAUCGGACUAGAGCUACCGAACGGCAUCACGAUCGGCGCAGUUGGGGCGUAA